UAGACCUUUUUGCUUGUUUAGCAGUGAUAUUGAGGGUGACUGGUGACGCUGGAAGUAACUUUGUAAUUUUAACAAUUGAAAACUAGGUACAAACGAUGGAUGUUGUCGCAAGAUCACUGAAAGAGGCAGAAUGCCGCCUGAAGGAUAUCGAUGAUGCAAUCUCUAAAGGAGACUCAGAAAUACAGAAGUUCUACCAAGACUCUGUAAUUUUUAUCACCGGAGCCAGUGGGUUUAUGGGAAAAUUGCUUGUAGAAAAGCUUCUAAGGGCUUGCAAUAUUAAGAAAAUCUAUAUUCUAAUACGUGGGAAGAAAGGGAAAACAAUUCGAGAACGAUUGGACGAUAUCAAAAGAGAUCAAGUAUUCGACCACCUUCGAGAGACGCAGCCCAAUUUUGGACAUAAAAUAGAAGGCGUGGAGGGUGAUGUUGCCGAAAUUCGUUUAGGGAUUAGUGAUCAUGAUUUGAAGACACUAAAGAAAGAGGUAGAUAUAAUAUUCCACCUGGCAGCAACGACGAAGUUUAAUAUGCCACUUCCAGCAGCAACUUUGAUCAACAUUCGUGGCACUAGAGAAAUCCUGCACUUGGCCAAACAAUGUUCUAAACUCAGGGUCUUCGUGUACGUCUCCACGGCGUAUUGCUGCGCGACGACUGACAAGAUUGGUGUUCAGUUAGAAGAGGAAUUUCACCCGUGUUCAAUACCGCCUGCCACAUUGAUAGAUAUCGUUGAAAAGGUCGACACUGCUCGCGUAGAAGCCAUAGUACCGGGCUUGAUGGAAAGUUGGCCCAACACGUACACCUUUACAAAAGCUAUCACUGAACAGCUGGUCAGAAGUAUGGCGGAUGAGAUACCCAUAUGCGUCAUUAGGCCACCUAUUGUUAUUGGCACAUACAACGAGCCAGCACCAGGAUGGGUUGACAUGAGCUGCGCGAAUGGACCUAGCGGUAUUAUAAUAGGGCACGGCCUCGGUAUCUUGCGGGUCAUGUAUACACGAGAAGAUAAACUUUUAUGUCUCGUGCCGGGAGAUUAUGCGAACAACUGUAUUCUAGCAGCUGCCUGGGACUGCGUGGAGAGGAGAAAAUCAGGAGACGAAGAUGUAAAAAUUUUCUCAGUGAGCAGUACCAAAUCUGGUGUCCAGUUGAGGACAUUGACUAAAAACUUGAAACAAAACGACCUCAAAAAGUACUCACCACGGCAAUCCAUAUGGUAUUGUCAGACGUAUAUUACUGAUAAUAAAUUAUUAUAUCACAUUUUUUCUUGGUUCAUGAACUACUUACCUGCAAUGAUAGUGGAUUUGAUUAUUAACGUGUUUCAAAUCCCUAAGCCUAAAGGCAUCACCUCAUUCGUCACUUUAUAUAAAAAAGUCGACAAAUUGGCCCUCGCGUUUCGUUACUUUACUUGCAACGGCUGGCGUUUUAACGACAAGAAUAUUGUUGAACUUCAUCAGAAGAUGUCUCCAAUGGACCAAAAGAUUUUUAACGUCGAUACCUCUACCAUAAACUGGGAUCAUAUGAUUUUCAUUUGGUUUCUGGGAGUCAAGAAGUUUAUUCUCAAAGAAUCCAAAUUAAUUGAUGAUUACGCGAUUAGAAAGCAAAAAGUUUUCAAAGUUGCCAAUUACGCGGUCUUCUUUAUAUACUUGUAUGUUUUUUAUUAUAUUUUUUAUUCAUUGUACAGUUACUUUAAGUGAAUAUUAGGAAAAUAAUAUUUUGAAUGUA